AUGGAUUCGAUGAAUAUCAUAGCUGAUUUACAAGCCAACUUAAUCAAGACAUUUCUAGGUGAAGAUGCAGCACCCGAUAAAAUUCAAUAUGUAUAUUACGAAUUAUCUCUUUAUGUUCGACAUAAUCGUGCAAAAAGAGGUAAUCUUCGUGUUGGUGAUCCAGCUAUUGGCGUCGACUUAUUAAAAAUGAAUGGCAAAUCUAUUUCAUUGUUAUCUCAUUGUAAUCCCAAUCGAGCAUUGUUGUUUCUUGUUGGUUCAUAUACUUGA